AAGAGAAGAAGAAGCAGUAGAAGAAGAAGUCCACCGCGUGUUUCCGGUUUCCCUCGUAGCGGCGUCAGUUAGCAUACAGAGAAAAAUGGUUCGAAAAUUAAAGUUUCAUGAACAGAAGCUGCUGAAGAAGGUGGACUUCAUCAACUGGGAGGUGGACAACAACCUGCACGAGGUGAAGGUCCUGCGCAGGUAUCACAUCGAGAGGCGUGAGGACUACACCAAGUACAACAAGCUGAGUCGUAACAUCAGAGAUGUGGCCCAGAAGAUCAGAGACCUGGAUGAGAAGGACGGCUUCAGAGCUCAGAGCACGCAUCGGCUGUUAGAAAAGCUGUACAGCAUCGGCCUGAUCCCCACCAGACAGAACCUGUCCCUCACGGAGAAGGUCAGCGCGUCGGCGUUCUGCAGGAGGCGCCUGCCCAGCAUCAUGCUGAAGCUCCGCAUGGCUCAGAACCUGAAGACGGCCAUAACUUUCAUCGAGCAAGGCCAUGUUCGUGUCGGCCCAGAUGUUGUUACAGAUCCAGCGUUUCUGGUAACGAGAAAUAUGGAGGAUUUUGUCACCUGGGUGGAUUCUUCAAAUAUCAAGCAACACGUCCUGAACUAUAAUGACGAGAGGGAUGACUUUGAUCUGAUAGCGUAAGCGGAGGAGUGAAACAGACACGAACAUCAGAGUUCUUAUUGGUUCAUGAUUCCACCAUAAAGGAGCCGCUUUGCUGAAAGGCGUUUCUGCAGCCAGGUUUCAGUGAAGCUCGUUUGCAUAUUUCAAACUUCAACAAGAAUGAGACACACCCUGAAAAACAUCUGUCACCAAAGAUGGUUUAUUGAACUCACAGGAGGAGAUUCCUUCCUGAAAAUGAACCAGAGGCUGAGAAGUUGGAUGUUUAUAUCAGAAGCUGCUCUGUUGUCUUUUCUUCUGUUUUUGCCUGUUGGUAAAAAUCCAGCUCCUUUGAUUGUGCAGAUUUUAUUUUAUUGUUUAGUGAAUAGACUUUUGCAGAACUUCAAUAAAGUAUGUUAAAAAGAAUAAAAAA